AUGUAGGUAAGGCUCUGCAGGCUGAGAACUCACCAGUGGUGUUUUAUUCUGUUUAAUGUCUUCCUGUUUCAUGCCUUACUCUUUGGGGCUGAUUUUGUGGAGGAAUACUUUUUGCAAUCACUACCAUAUGUGGACGUGAAAGUUCUUGAGAUUAAGGAAAAGGCAAGGAAAUUGAACUUGGAGCCCUUGAAGAGUGAUCUCUCCAAGUUCUACAUCAGCAGCCAGUCUGAGAUGUGCCUGGGUCCGAAUAUCUUCUUGCUCUCCCUUGUCUUCAGCAGCCCAGAAAACGGGACAAGACGGAAUCUGAUCAGGAAAACCUGGGCUAACGUGACAGCUGUCAGUGGGUAUCGUAUUCUCACAUUGUUUGCUACAGGGAUACCAGCUUCAGGGAUCACUGACUUAGAAAUUAAGCAAGAGUCCAAUAAGUAUGGUGAUAUCAUCCAGGGAAAAUUCCUGGACAGUUCUGGGAACCAAACCCUGAAGACCAUCUUGAUGACCCAGUGGGUCCUAACUUUCUGCCCCAAUGCCAUGUUCAUACUUAAAGUUGAUGAAGACAUGUUUGUCAACCUUCCAAAUUUGGUGGAUUACUUGCUCAGCUUGAAAGCAAACCUUGAGGACAUCUACAUUGGAAGGGUCAACCAUCAGGAGAUGCCCAACAGAGACCCUCGAAGUUGGGGCUUUGUACCGCUCAGUCAGUACCCAGAGAAAUAUUACCCUGAUUACUGCAGCGGAGAAGCCUUUAUCAUCUCCCAGGACGUGGCCCGGAUGAUAUACGUAGCAUCCAAGGAAAUACCCAUUUUGGUGCCUUCGGAUGUUUUUGUGGGCAUCUGUGCCAAAUACGCUGGCCUGGUGCCCAUCCACAGUUCUAGAUUUUCUGGGAAGAGACACAUCAGGUACAACCGAUGUUGCUAUAAGUUUAUCUUCACCUCCUUAGAAACAAAAGACGAGGAACUAUUCCUUGAGUGGAGGGAGAUUAAUGAUGGGAUAGACUGUACGCUCCUUGAGACCUAUUACGGGUUGAUAUCUUGCAAACUCCUCACCUAUUUUGAUAACUUUAAAUACUUUAACAUGGGUAUACUAAAAGACGAUGCAAUGUAUUUGGCAGAUUAA